UGUACAUUAUAUAGUUAUAUAUAUACACAUAAUAUAAUAUUUACAUCAACCCAUCUUAUCCUCUCUUUGUUUCUCCCGGCAUCACGAGCUUUAUAUAUAAACCCACUAACGAUAAAGAAUUAGGAUUUUUAUUGUCUCUCUAAUCCUCUUUUAACUCCUCAUUACUCACCCCUUCUAUCUUCUUCUUCUUCUUAUUCUUCUUCUUUCCUCUCUUUCUUUGUUCUCUAUUAUUUUAAUGGCCGAAGAUCUAAGGAUCAUUGUUGAAAGGAACCCAUCAGAAUCUCGACUUUCUGAGUUAAACAUCAAGUGUUGGCCCAAAUGGGGAUGCAGUCCAGGAAAGUACCAGCUAAAGUUCGAUGCAGAAGAGACAUGUUAUAUAGUGAAAGGGAAAGUAAAGGCGUAUCAAAAAGGAUCAUCAGAGUAUGUUGAGUUUGGUGCAGGAGAUCUGGUUAUCAUCCCCAGAGGACUCAGUUGCACUUGGGAUGUCUCCAUAGCUGUUGAUAAAUACUAUAAGUUUGAGUCAUCACGGGUUAUGGAGAGGAAGAGGAAGGGGAAGAUGAUAUUUUCAGUCAAAGAAAGAUAAAGCAGUUAGUCAACACACGUUGCGUUCAAACUAAUCUUUUUCUUUAUGUAUUUUUUUUUUUUUAAAUGUAGAAAAGAACAUUCAAACUACUCUUUAAAUAAGCCUUUAAUAUUCUUUUGACU